UCUGGGUCCUUUGGAAAACACUGAGGGCAGUGCCAGCACUCCCCGGGGGGCAGCACUUCUUCCAUAGCAGCAGGGAUUUUUCAGAAGCUUUGGGGACAUCACUGUCUCCCUUCAAGGGCAAACCGUCUCCUUUCCCUUGGCUUUUUAGACUCAGCAGAUUCCCAGCGGCAUCUUCAACAACACGCAAGUCAUCAUUGGGGGCCAGUCCCAAGUUGUGACCAUCAACAGGCAAUGGCGUGUGGCAGUCAUUGAGCAAAGGAGCUACAGCGGGUCCUGGAAAACCGUCUGGAACUACAACACGGGUGUCAUUGCAACCAAAGUCAGGCAACAGAACACCUGCUACAUUUCCAUCAUGAACAGAAGCGAGAUGCCCCGCUUUGAUGACCUGGCCCGCCUGGCACAAGAGAGCAGGGUAAGGUUCCAAAGCAGUGGCAGGUUCCUGGCCAUAGACAUCACUGGGCCAUUUCUUCAUGUGCUUUUUCUUUCUGGACACCAUCAGGUUGUGUCUUGUGGCAGAGUUUCCUGUCUCUCAACAGUAAUGCAGAUUAGGAAUUUGUUGUAGGAAUGCUUUCCCAAAAGAAAGGGGCUGCAUUAUUCCCACCCCCACUUGCCUGGAGGAUGUUGAGCUCUGCAGCUCGCUGGGCAAAUCCGUUCUUUGUGGAGCUCUUCAGUGCUUUCUUUGCGCUGCCAUCUCACCUCAAGUUCCGUGCAUCUUGACUCCCUUAGAAUGAGCUCUGCCUUUGGAGCUCCUGUCAAGGCUUGCUAGUGGUCCCACAGGCCCCCCAGGGGAUUAAAAGAUGUCCCUAAAGGCAGCUGGGACUCAAACACCCAGCCCUGAGUCAUCAUUGCAGAGGAACAGGCCUAGCAGGAAUCACCUCUCUGCACUCAGCUUGCUGAAUGUUGGUUUUCAAUGUUCAGAACCUGAUUGGCGUUUUUGGAAGACCUACCAAGAAGAUCACCUUUGUCACCAAUGGAUUGGUCAACAACCUCAACUCCUAUGGAAUAGAAAUCGCGGCUAUGUGCAGCGGACUCACCACCUACAUGGCUUACGAAGUUCACACUUUCCAAGGACCCCAGGUGAAUCUGGAAUCAUGCAUUACCCUCGAUGUCCUGAGAGUUGUGGACCUGAAGUACUGCAUUGGCAAUGGCAGUGUCAAUUUCCCGACUCAGCAGAUUCCCAGCGGCAUCUUCAACAACACCCAAGUCAUCAUUGGGGGCCAGUCCCAAAUUGUGACCAUCAACAGGCAAUGGCGUGUGGCAAUCAUUGAGAGAAGGAACGUCACCGGGUCCUGGAAAACCAUCUGGAACUACAACACGGGUGUCAUUGCAACCAAAGUCACGCAACAAAACACCUGCUACAUUUCCAUCAUGAACAGAAGCGAGAUGCCCCGCUUUGAUAAUCUGGCUCACCUGGCACAAGAGAGCAGGAACCUGAUUGGCGUUUUUGGAAGACCUACCAAGAAGAUCACCUUUGUCACCAAUGGACUGGUCAACAACCUCUACUCCUACGGAAUAAACAUCGCGGCUAUGUGCAGUGGACUCACCACCUACCUGACUUCCGAAGUUCACACUUUCCAAGGACCCCAGGGGAAUCUGGGAUCCUGCAUUACCCUCGAUGUCCUGAGAGUUGUAGAGCUGCAGUACUGCAAUAGCAAUGGCAAUUGGAAUGGCAAUUGGAAUGGCAGUUGGAAUGGCAACGGCAAUGGCAACUGGAAUGGCCAAUGGAAUGGCAUUGGCAAUGGCAACUGGAACAACAAUUGGAAUGGCAUCAGCAAUGGCAACUGGAACAACAACUGGAAUGGCAAUGGCAAUGACAACUGGAACAACAAUUGGAAUGGCAUUGGCAAUGACAUCUGGAACAACGAUUGGAAUGGGAAUGGCAACUGGAAGGGCAAUUGGAAUGGCAUUGGCAAUGGCAACUGGAAUGGCAAUGGCAACUGGAAUGGCAAUGGCAACUGGAAGAACAAUUGGAAUGGCAAUGGCAUCUGGAACAAUAAUUGGAAUGGCAAUGGCAACUGGAAUGGCAAUGGCAACUGGAACAACAAUUGGAAUGGCAAUGGCAACUGGAAUGGCAAUUGGAAUGGCAAUGGCAAUUGGAACGGCAAUUGGAAUGGCACUGGUCAGUGGGAUAACAACCAUCAAAUCAUCACUGAUGGAGAUUCUCACAUCUCCAUCUCUGGUGGGGACUCUCAAAUCUCCAUCUCUGGUGUCUCACAGAGCAUAAGCAUCAAUAGCCAAACACAAAGGGCAAUUAUAGAGCAAAAGAGCAACCAUUUGUCCUGGAAAACCAUCUGGAACUACAACACGGGUGUCAUUGCAACAAAAGUGAUGCCAGAAAGAACGUGCUACAUUUCCACCAUGAACAGGAGUGAGAUGCCUACCUUUGCUGCACUUGUCAAAGUGGCUGCAGAGAGGAGGAACCUGUUCGGUUUUGGAAGACCUACCAAGGAGAUCACCUUUGUCACCAAUGGACUGGUCAACAACCUCCAGUCUUAUGGAUCAGAUGUCUUCUCUAUGUGCAGUGGAGUCACCACCUACAUGGCUUAUGAAGUUCAUGUACCCCAAUACAAUCAACAAUCAUGCAUUGCACUUAAUGUCUUGAGACUUGUGGAGCUGAAGUACUGCAGUGGUAAUGGACAGGUCGGAAAUCAUUACCUCUCUUGAACUGAGAUCCAGCCUUCGGAGCUGCUGCCCAAAGCCAACCCUGAUACCGUCCUUCCCUGACAUCUCUUCUUUCAAGAGUUUUGUUCUUCGUGGUUCAGAAGCUGAAACAGAUCAUUUGUUGACUAGAGCUUUCAA